AUCGCAACUUCCAAACGACCCCUAAAAGUUGAGAUAUAACAAUCACUCAAAAUGAGUGAUAGUUUCUGUCACAUCACAGAAACAAUCCAUGUAUUGUUUCUGUUAAAAAAACAAAAAAACGAUGCAUUGUAAACAAUACAUGUAGGGGUGGGCAACGGGACGGGACGGGAUACCCGUCCCGUUUUAAACGGGUACCCAGUCCCAUUUGGAGACCAAAGUCCAUCCCAUAUCUCAAACCCAUAUGGGAAACGGGUACCCAUUACCCGUAUGGGACGGAUAACGGGUACCCAUACUACCCAUAAAUACCCAAAGUUUAAAUGACAUUUUACCUAAAGACAAUUAGACAAUUAGUCAAUUACAUCCAAAGCAUUCAUUUCAAAACACAAAAUGGCUGCACAAGUAGCAACUUACACCAAUUCCUACAACCCAAAGAAGGGAUGAUGAUGAAGAUGAAAAGGAAUCAAGGAAGGGGGAAGGACCAAAUAAUAAAACCCAGAAAGAGAACAAGUUCUGCUUCCUGGAAAGUGCCAUGAUUCAGUAAUAAUAAUAAUAAUGUUGUUUCUACUCAAAUCAAUCCUCAGUUUGGCAAAAUAGGGUGGGGAAGGUGGUGAAUUUUGCAGCAGCAAGCAAGGGUGCUCCCACACUUUCCCACUGCCAUUACUUCGCCAUUACUUAAGCCCAAGAUCUUGGGAUACUCACCUACCAAAAUGAAGCAUAUAUUUCUCAUCAGUAUGUUUUCCUUAACUCAACCUACACUGCAGAAAAAGAAACUUCGGGUGUGCCACCAUGAAUGGCAAUAAGUAAUAUAGAAAUAAAAAAGACAACAACUAGUUGAAAUGAAACGAUAAGCUAGGGCCCGACUGAUUCCCAAAAUGAGCUGGAUACGAAUGGAUUUUGAAUUGGGUUGGGCCUGGGCGCAUGGGCUGAAUUAUAUGUCUUUGUAAUUUGAAUGGGUACAACGGGUACCCAUAUUCCCCAAACGGGUAUUCGCGGGUAACCCGCGGGUACCCAUAUUAGGACUGUACAAUUCCAAGUCCCAUCCGUUUAAAAUAUUAUGGGUAAAAUGGGUACCCGUAACCCUUAAAAAACGGGACGAGUACGAGUAUACCCAAAUACUCGUUUCCCGUUGCCCACCCCUAAAUACAUGCAUAAUGACAAUCUCAACAAAACUAACGCAACUUCCAAAUGACCCCUACCCGUUUGUUAUAUAACAAGCAUUAAGUGUACUAUUUUGUAAUUGAGUGAAAGUUAAGUGACACUUUCACAAUUAUUCCAUAUCUUCUUUGUUUCAUAACCCAGAUCCUCAAACGGUUCGCUAAUUCAAAAUCCAGAAUAUCACAGCCCUCCAUCUCAGACCCUAUCUUCACUUCUUUACCGUCGGAUCACCAGUUCACAAUUCGUUUGAUUCACAUCUCCCUCUCCUUGUUUCCCCCCGUCUUCUUGAACACUCCCCCCCAGUUCAAAUCUUUCUUCUCUCUCUACUUUCUUUCUCCGCCAGAUUCCAACUCUUCCACUUCAGAUUUUCCCAGCGCCCCUACUUCAUAAUCUUUCCCUUUCUCUCAGCUCGAGACGGAAGCAGGAAAGAGCGCCGGAGAAAAACUAGCAAAUCCGACUGCCCGGGCGAAAAUGCCGUUCAACUACGAGGCCGCCGCAAGUGCCAUCAAGAACCGGUUCGGAUUCAAUGACCGCUCCACCUCGGAGUCCGUGCCGAGUACUCCGCUGCUGCUGAAUUCGGCUGCUCGGGGCGAGUUUACAUCCGGCAAGCCUCUGUUUGCCGCUUCCGCAGCUCGGAGGAUCGUAGAGUGGGAGGAUGAUGCCGCUGGCGAAACAAGCGGGUUGGCGACUCAGAGCUCGGAGCUCGGUGACGAUUCAUCGUUCUGGAAGGACAACAACGUUCAGGUUAUCAUAAGAAUGCGCCCACUAAGUGGCUCUGAAAUUUCCCAGCAAGGUCAUAAAACUUGUGUCAGGCGAGAGAAUCCUCAGGUGAUAUCAUGGACUGGGCCUCCAGAGUCUCGCUAUACAUUUGAUCUUGUUGCGGACGAGACUGUUAGCCAGGAACAAAUGUUCAAGGUGGCUGGGUUGCCAAUGGUUGACAAUUGCAUGGGAGGGUACAAUAGCUGUAUGUUUGCAUAUGGUCAGACCGGAAGUGGGAAGACUUACACCAUGCUCGGAGACAUAGAAGGAGGUACAAGAAGGCACAGUGUCCAUUGUGGGAUGACACCUAGAGUCUUUGAAUACUUGUUCUCUAGAAUACAAAAGGAAAAAGAUGUUCGAAAAGAUGAAAAACUGAAGUUUGUUUGCAAAUGCUCCUUCUUGGAGAUUUACAAUGAACAGAUUCUUGAUCUGUUGGACCCAUCAUCGAACAAUUUACAGAUAAGAGAAGAUGUGAAGAAAGGAGUAUAUGUCGAGAAUUUAAAAGAGGUAGAAGUCACCAGUUCUCGAGAUGUAAUCCAACAGCUUAUUGAGGGUGCAGCAAAUAGGAAAGUGGCUGCAACUAAUAUGAACCAUGCAAGUAGUCGUUCCCACAGUGUAUUUACAUGCAUUAUUGAAAGCAAGUGGGAAUCACAAGGUGUAACUCACCACCGGUUUGCUCGACUUAACCUAGUUGAUUUAGCUGGAUCUGAAAGGCAGAAGAGUUCUGGUGCUGAAGGAGAACGUUUGAAGGAAGCUACAAACAUUAACAAGUCCCUUUCCACCUUGGGCCUUGUGAUUAUGAAUCUUGUUAGCAUAUCCAAUGGAAAAUCACUGCAUGUUCCAUACAGAGAUUCGAAGUUGACAUUUUUGCUUCAGGACUCACUCGGAGGCAAUUCAAAAACUAUCAUAGUUGCAAAUAUUAGUCCAGCUCUCUGCAAUUCGUUGGAAACAUUAGGCACAUUAAAGUUUGCACAACGUGCAAAGUUCAUUAAGAACAAUGCAAUUGUCAAUGAAGAUACAUCUGGAGAUGUGAUUGGCAUGCGGAUGCAAAUUCAGCAGUUGAAGAAAGAGGUUUCCCACCUACGCAGUUUAGUGAAUGAUGGAGCAGGAAGUUUUGCUGGAAUUGAGGCUUCAGCAGUAAGCAUUGCUGGAUCACCUACUGCUUUUAAAUGGGAGGGGCUUCAAGGCUCCUUCAGUCCUUUUGUUUCUGAUAAAAGGGUGUCUCAGAAACCAGACUAUGAGAUCGCCCUUAUCGGAGCUAUUAGGAGGGAGAAAGAUAAGGACAUGGAAAUGAAGGCACUGAAGGCUGAGAAUCAGGCAGUCUUGCUACUGGCUAAGCAAAGAGAAGAUGAGAUUCAAGGCCUCAAAAUGAGGCUACGAUUUCGCGAAGCAGGAGUCAAACGGUUAGAGUCAGUUGCUGCUGGUAAAAUUUCAGCAGAGACACACUUGUUGCAAGAAAAGGAGGAACAAUUGAAGGAGAUUCAACUUCUACGAACCCAAGUAGACAGGAAUCAAGAAGUUACAAGAUUCGCGAUGGAAAAUUUGAAGCUCAAGGAAGAAAUUAGAAGGCUGAAAUCAUGUUGUGAGGAGGGUGAAAGGGAGAUUAUGAAUGAGCAGAUCACAGUGUUGCAGAAUAAGUUGCUUGAGGCGCUUGAUUGGAAACUUAUGCAUGAAUCAGAAACCUUCUUUUCUCAGAAGGAAGAUUCAGUCAAGGAGAAAGAUGAUGAUAUUGAUCUCUUCAAGUUAAGCAAGGAAUCUGGAUCCCCUUGGCGUUUGAAGGAAGAGAAUGAGUUCCUUUGUAUGCAGGCUAUUCAAAACCAGGCAGAAAUAGACACUCUCCAUAAGCAGUUGAGCUUCUGCCUAGAAGAAAGAGACAAACUUGAAAGCCAUGCCAAUGAGUUGGCAGCACAACUUGAAGAAACCAGAAAACACAUAAAUGAGGAGCCCUCAGUUGGUAUGAACGAUCAAAUGGAGCUCAAAACCAUGGUUGAUGCAAUUGCUGCUGCAACUCAACGAGAAGCAGAACUAUCCAAUGAGAAUGCCGAAGUGAGAUCAAAGCUCGAAGCUCGGAUCCACGAAAAUGAAGAACUCCAGUCGAAGCUGAAGGCCUUGAUCGAAGAGAAGAAUAGUCUCAUUGAGAUGUACGAACGUGCAGCGUCUGAAAGCAAAUACAAAGCUUCAGAUGACAACAACAUGGAUGUAGACAGCCCAGACAACACACCAAACGACUCCGAGUCGAGGAAAGCAGCCCUGGAGAACUUAGAGCAGCAGCUUUCAGAGAUGCAUGAAGAGAACGACAGGUUGCUUGGACUCUACGAAACUGCAAUGCGCGAGAAGGAUGAACUCAGAAAGGAGUUGCAUACAUCAGAAGAAGCAAAAUUGAAGCUAGAAACAGCUCUGGAGAAAAAGCUCUCCGAUUAUACCCGAAUUCUGACAACGGUAGAGGAGGCUCUUACCGAGUUUGACAGAGUCUCCCAUGGAGUGGAAGCCAAGCAACAGGAGCUGAGUUCCUUGGAACAUCGAUCCAAGGAACUGCAGCAUACAAAAUCCGUCGUGGAGAACAAGUUUUCAGCGCUCAGAUGUUCCCUCUCCAACUUCUCUUCCUCCCUGGCCUACUUCGACCAGCGAGAAGCUCGAGCAAGGGCAAGAUUCAACGCUUCAUCAUCUGACCUAUCCCAAAAGGAAGACGGACUCGCCCGUCUUCAGGCCGAGAAGACGGAACUCGAGGCCGCAACAGGUCACAAGGCCAAAGAAUCCCAGCUCGAACUGAAGACGAAGAUUUCCGCUCUGAGAUCGAAGCUAGACGAAGAGAGCCUCCGUCGGCGGGAGAGCGAGAAGGUCCUGUUGGCCAUCGACAACAUCGAGAGAACCGACGGAGGAGGGUUCGGCAAGGCCACGGAGCUACUGAAGUCGGAAGAAGAGAAAGCGAAGGUGCACGCCGAGCUGCAGCAGUCCAUCGACAGGCUUAACUCCACGAGAAAGGAGACCGAGGAUUCGAACAGAAAGUUGAGGAAGAUUGAUGCCGAGUUGCAGGGUCUUCAACUGGAAGUAGAGAAGAGCAGGAAGACGGCAGAGGAAAUGAAGGUUGCACUCGACAAGGUGGUGGAGGAGAAGGAAGGAGUGACGGAGAUGAUCGAAAUGGGGAAGUCGGAGGUGGAGCGGAUGGUGGUUGAGUAUUAUCAGGGAGUGUUCGCCGUAGAUUUGAAGGAGGCGGAGAUGAGGAUUCUGGAGGAGGAAGUGUUGGUGGAGGUGGGAAGAAUGGAGGAUUUGAGAGCUCGGAAAUCGGCUAUUGCCGGAGAAGUGAGCAAGCAUUUGGGGAGAAAUGAAGUGUUGUGAAUCAGGGAUUGUCUCUCGGAUGAUCGGUGAAGAGACAUUGCUGACGGCUGAAGUUUAGGUAUGCUUUGCUUUCAUUUAUCAACCAUGUUGUUUGCAUAGUCUCUGAUGUCAAUUCUGCUUGAAGAAACUGUCAACAGUUUGUUGUUACUUCUUAGUAUCCCGGUUUAGGAUCUGUGACAUGGUUGUUGAUUGUCAUAUUUGCACUCACUAGGGCUACAAUGCUUCAUGGUUCUGAAAUCGUAUCAUUAGAAUGAAAUCGAUAGACGGGUUUUAAUGGUAUUAAACCGUCCGUCUAUUCCAUUAUCUCCACAUGUAUCAAUUUCUCUCGGUGUGAAUCUACUUGUUAAUAGAUCAGUAAGAGAGUA